CGUUAUACUUCGUCUCCGCAAUGUUAUUCCUCGACUAUUCUUCUACAUCCAAUACCCUCCUUUUGCUCUUCGCUUCCUUGCUGCUGGUACACCUCGUAUACCGUUACUCGCGACGGCUUCAAGCAUCGACUACUCCGCUCAAUGGACCACCAAAUCCCAGCUGGCUGUUUGGCGCAAGCAGACUCAUUGCGAGAUCCUCGGAUCCAGGUGGUUUGUAUGAGCAGUGGCAAGAUCAAUACGGGCCCGUGUACACCGUUCCGGCCACUUUUGGGAAACCAUGCGUGGUCCUGUCCGAUCCCAAGGCUAUUCAGCAUUUCUAUGCCCGAGAGACAGAGGGCUACCAGCACACCCCUCUGUUAAGAGCACUUGCGGAGACUCUGAUCGGACGCGGCCUCUUUUGGGCCGAAGGUGACACACAUCGAAGGCACAGAAAGGCGCUGGCGCCUGCUUUCAGCCUUGCAGCACUUAAGGACAUGCUGCCUAUAUUCCAUGAUACUGCACACAAGGUGCAAGCGGCCUGGGAUAACAUAAUAUUGGCGCAAUCUCCCAGCAGUGACUCGGCUAUAGUUGAUGUUCAUUCUUGGAUGAAUCGUGUAUCCUUCGACACGUUCGGGGUCACAGGCUUCGGGCGCGAUUUUGGCACGCUUCGCGGAGAGCACAACACCGUCAUGAGCGCCAUCGACGCCUUCAGCGGGAUGAAGGCCGACUUCGCCGGCUGUUCUCAAUUUAUCCUUGGCCUGGUCUUCCCAUUGGUGCUCAGGUUCCCUACAGCCUUUCGUCGCAUCAGUGACCAAUUCGACGCCGGUAUGAGCGACGUUGUGAACGAGAUACUCGCAGAGGCACGUGAGGAGAAACAGAUUGUAUGCAACAGUAGAGAUCGGUCUAUCAUGGGACUGCUGCUCAAGGCCGAGAAGAGCAGUUCUGAGCUGCGUAUGUCAUCGGAGGAGAUCCUGGCACAGAUGAAGCUCCUGAUGGUGACAGGCUACAUAACCACGUCGAACUGCUUGAUGUGGUGCCUCGUUGAGCUCUGCAAGAAGCCAGAAAUACAGGACAAACUUCGUCUAGAAGUUUCACGGCUUCCUAGUGGCGACGCGGCAUGGGAGCAGCUCAUCGACGGGCUGCCAUAUCUUGACGCCGUUCUUCACGAGACAUUGCGCCUUCAUCCGCCGUUGGGCGACACAACCCGCGUAGCUGUCGAGAACGACAUCAUCCCCCUUUUUCAUCCCGUGAAAACAGCAACAGGCGCAUCUGUUGAUCGUAUAUUCAUCUCGAAGGGCCAACUCGUAACCGUGCCCAUUCAAGCUAUCAACACCUCGCCAAGAUUCUGGGGACCCGACGCGAAGGAAUUCCAGCCAGAGCGCUUCUUGACGGAGGGCGGCAUCCCAAAGCAAAUCCCAGGACAUAAGCAUUUGUUGACGUUCGUCAGUGGCCCGCGACUAUGUCUUGGCAGACACUACGCACUUGCUGAAGCGAAGGCUGUGCUAUGUUUGCUCGUCCGAUCCUACGCGUUCGAGUUUGCGGAUGGACCAGACACUCAAACUGGCAUCAACGGAUGGUUGUUGUCGAGGCCUAUCAUCCCGGGCGGAGACGGACAGAGCGUCCCUUUGAGAGUGCGCAGGCUAGAUUCAACCUACGUAUAACCUCGUCGUAAGGUCAAAACUUUAGGCUACUUGACACGACACCUCACCGACUGAGCAUGAUAAACUAGCAUUAGUCCUUAUAAUACCGUGUUAAUACGUAGCGUACGAGUCACAACACCACCGGCAGCGCUACCGUGACUACACGUACGUACUCAUGUCGGCUAUGUGGCCUUCAAGUGCAGUCACUGGCACGUCGAUCUUUACCACACGAUCACUGUCGGGCUCAGGAGGAGACUCAGACCAAUUUCAUGCCCUAGCAUUGGGGUAGAUCCGAGCGUAGUAAUUCAGCCACAUCGGGCAACUUACAUCAAGGAUGCUACGCUGGCAUAGUAUCCCCGGCACGCCGACGCCAGCUCAGCACGACAGUAUUAU